AUGGAUCUUUCUAAUUUAUCCUCCAAUCUGCCACUUUCGCACCCGCUCGAUGACGAGUCGAUCGACCAGAUCAACAGAGACCUGUCCAACGAGUUCAAGCUCGGAGCCCGCUCCAUUGCCGCCCUGUACAGACUGUCUAAUGCGAAGAACUCUUUGUUCAAGGCAAACGGGUAUUUGAGCUGUUUGAACGAUAUUUUGGACGUGAUCGACCACGAUUCCUCUGUUACGACUCUGGACGAGCUCCGAUCUGUUCUGGUGGCCAAAAAGACAGAACUCACCGGUAAACAGGAACAAGACCGAAAACAAGACCAGCAGCCAACACCCACUGUUGAACAACCACAAGAGAUCCCGCAAGACUACAAGUUCCAAUUCGCCUCAGAUACCCCUUCGCCGCGGUUCCCGCCCAGCAAACUGCCCCUGUCCAUCCAGCACACUAAUACCAAACAUAUCCAUAGCCAUAGCUCGCCGCAGCAGCUGUCCGAUAGGGUGAACAAGCUUAAGGAAACGUUCAAGAAAGCUACAGGCGAGCUGAACGACGACGAUUCCGACGAUACAGAACACAACGAGUCCGACGAGUCCAUGAGCGUGGACGAUGGGCUGAAACGUCGACUGGCCGAUACCCGCUCUACUAAGAAACUCAAAUCCGAUCACGACUAG